AUGCCCAGGGCGUGCGUACAGUACGCCAUGGCGGGCACGGGUUCGUGUAGUACGCGCGCCACUGGUGACUCGCGUCGCGUGCGGAGCGGAGGUGUAGGACAGCAUUGGGCGGAUAUGGCGCAGAGGUAUCCACAAUCGUUGCAAUGGUUCAAAAACAAAGAAAAUAGUGGCGUCGAAACAAAUGGCAUAAGCAUCGGCUCUCACGAAGUGGACAAUAGUAACCAUGCCAUAAAUCUCACUGUCAUUCAUAACACUUAUAACUUCUUUAACCAAGGCUGGAACCCCCAGUUCUACAAUCAAGUGUCAAACGGAACCGCAAUCCAAGUGCCAAUCGGAGCCUUACUUAAUGGACAGCACCGCGAGCCAAGUGGCCAUCAAUCACAGUCAGACAAUAGCCAAAGUACUCAAGAGCUUAAUAGUGGGUCACAACCACUUCACCAGCUUAUAGACACCUCGGAGACGCGCGCACCGCGCGACUCCAUCGCUCACAUUUUCAGCAAAACGUUCGUACCUCAGGAUAACACGAAUGACCCGGGUGUUUGGGCCAAACGAUGGGCCCCAUUACUGGCCUUUUGUCAAGAGAAUGGAACACUGCCUGGUCAUCAUUGCCGUACUAGUCGUUAUAAUGUGAAUUAUUGA